UUUCGGAGUGAAGUAGCCGGGCAUACCUCUUCCCUAAUCUUGGCCUUAAGCCUCCUCCCACUUGUGCUUCUUGAAGUCCACGACGGAGGGAAAGUGACAACGUGGAAGAUUCCCUCCUUCCAAGGUCUGUCUCCGGUCAUCCCUACCAUCAGCAUUUGUAGUCAUCCUGCCGGUGUCAAGCAUUCGCCAACGUCAUCAUGUCGGAGAAGAACUAUCUCACUCCUUCGCUGUCACCGGCAUCCUCCUCGAACGGUAGCAAUCCGCCGCCGCCGUAUCGCUUCCACCAAUUGCCAUCAACACCGGGUGGAUCACUACCUUCUUCGAGACCUGGGUCACCACCACAUGGAGGCAGCGUGCCAUCGCCCGGUCAGCCAGGUACAUUUCUGCUCAAUCUGGGCAAGUAUGGUGGCUACUACGUGAUUACGAUUCCCGUGACAUUUCAGCGGCUGCUGGGAGUGGCAAUCAGGAGAUGGAAGACAUUACUCUUCAUCUUCCUCUUCUCGACACUAGCCGCAUUCACCAUGUUUGGAGCAAUGUGGACAGAAUGGCGGGAAAUGACAUACUAUAGAGUGGAUCCGUACCCCAUCGUCCCGCAACGGGCAGUACCGACGCCAUAUCAGUCUCACAAAGCAUCACAAGGAAAAGCAGAGAACGCAGCAACGGGGGCAAAGAAGCCUCUUCAUUCCCCACCCACAAUCGGCUCUUGUCCCGGUCCUCGGGACGGCCUGCCGAUCCCCCACUCACCUCUUCAGACUUUCCAGACACCUGAAAGCCAUCCCAUCCCUCUUGUUGGAGACUACAAGCUGGUCGGCAUGGACCCCAACCAGUGUCUGACGUACCGCUCGCGGUAUUCCAUGUACUCAGAUGAGGCGCUGGGCAUCUCAUAUCGAACCGAUGUCGACGAAGAUGUGAAGAGGCAGCAUAGGGCAAAGGCGGCCCUCUACGACGAUGACCCCGACAACCUCAAGCCUGUCAGGUCUGCCCCUUCUGUGUCUGCAGCAGCCAAUGCAAGCAACUCAACGAACGCUCCUCAUUCGGCUCACUUGCUGAACAAGGCUCGUGUGACUCCGGCUUACAACAACACAGAUUCUCUAUUGGGCCCACGUAAGCCAGCAUCUAUGCCGGAAGGCGAAUGGGAGCGGUACUUGAGGGACAGGAUGUGGCGGGCGAAUGUGAGGUCAGAGGAACUCGGUCCGGAAUCCUUCCCAGACUGGAAGGCAUUGAUGGAGAAUUGCUUCAAGCAGAGGGAGAAAGAGAGGGGUCGAGCGGGCGGUGUGGAGCCUUUCGAUCCGACCACCCAGCCUAUUGCUGAUGUGAUCGAGCAAGAGCAGCAGGAUGAAGAUGUCCCUCUCAAGUUCAAGACCACACCGCAGACGAAGAGGACUGCUUUGGUGAUGAGGUCCUACGAGGGCUACGUCUGGCGAGAGGACGACAUUCUGAACAUGCGGGCUCUCAUCGCGGAGCUCUCUCUGAACAACCCCAACACGCCGUACGAUAUCCGGAUCUUGGUGGAAGUCCACGGCAAGCAUCUUGCUGUCUUCACAUCAGAGUGGGACAGACUCAAUGUCUUGAGGAGCUCAGUCCCGAGGGAAUUCUGGGGCAUGGUAGAGCUGUGGACAGAGGAUGAGAUGUGCGCCCUCUACCCCGGUCUACCUGGAAAGUUCCUGAACAACAUGAUCGCUCAAAGCUCUUACCGCUCAUGUCUGAUGGCACUACAAAAGUUUUACCUUGAUCACACCGAGUAUGACUUCGUGUGGAACUGGGAGAUGGACGUGCGAUACAUUGGCAACUACCUUGACUUCUUCGAGGGCAUCGAGGAUUGGUCUCGCAAGGAGCCUCUGAACGUCGGCAUGGACAAGUACGACACCUGGUUCGUUCGAAACGUUACCGCGUCAGAACAAAAUUGGGCAGACGAUCCCAAGUUGACGAAGGGUCGGGGUGAAGAGGCAGAUCUCAUCACUUUGGGUCCAAUCUUCGACCCUCGAGGGUCGGGAUGGUACUGGGAGUACGACGUGCAGAACUACCCGAAGGGCCAAAAUACACAUCGUCGCGCUUCCAUCGGAACCAACAUGAGGAUGAGCCGGUCGCUGUUGGAUGCGAUGAAUGUGGUAAACGCCGAGGCGAAGAAGUCGUUGCACUGCGAAGCAUGGCCUACUACUCUGGUUCUGCAUUCGCAGCUGCCAACAGGGCAUGAUCACUCCUUCUACCCCGAGGCCGGCUUCACACACAAUCUGCCCUUACCUUUCAAGGGGGUGUAUGCUCCCCAUCCGAUUUACUUCAGGCACCACUGGGACUCUGAUGUUCUGCAUGCAAGGAUCAACCGCCCUGACUUCUACAAGAAGAUCAACGAAAAGGUCAUGAGGGACUCGACGUUCUACUACGAUGGAAAGCACAGCAAGGAGAUCUACAUGGGUUGGAAGGAGAGGGACGACGUCUGCCGAAGCCCAAUGCUGCUGCAUCCCAUCAAGAAGAUCAACUGAUCCCAUCAUCGCGGAAGGACAAUGUCAUCCCAUCAGGUUUUCCACCUUAGCACGAGCACUCUCUCGCGUGGUUCACGAGCUCCGC